UCUUCUACGAGGUCUUAUCCCACAGAACACAAAUGGCCUCUCUGUUUUCAGAUAUAGUCCAGGAAGAAUCACAAUGGGCUUGCAUCACAGAGCUAGCCUCGCAGCUGGCCUGUGUAAGAGCCAGGGGCAGUGAUUCUGAGAAUAUAGCACCGGUUUCAAAGCCUUAUUACACCUGUAUUCUGCGGGAUCCGCGACUUUACACCCUCUCGAGCCACCUCGUCGGAGCCCUGCUACAUAACGAGUCUAGAGUCGAUGACUGCAACAUACGCCAAAUACUUUCCAUCCUCAAGAGAGAGUCCAAUAAGAUUGCACAUGCGCUUGAUCAUUCUUCUCUGCGUUGUCUGGCAUACACACUGCUUAAUUCAGAAGUCGAAUCCGGGCUGGAAAAUGGGCUUUAUCUCCUGCUGGAUGAACCGCAAUACAUAAGGGACUCUGGAAGCAUGCUUUAUCAGGUUGCAAGUCCACAGACCGGUGAUCAGUCGCGGUUGCUGCAGGGCAAGUUGAUCCAUAAGCUAUACCAUCUGUUUUCAACGGAGGAGCAAGUUAUCCAGACACGGAAAUUGGCUGGCAAACUACUUGUGGAGAUAUUGUCAGAGUCAAAGCAUAACUAUACCUUCCUCCUUGAAUCGCAAGAUGCAGAUAUGUCCGGGCUCCUAUCCAUCCUACUCUACCAUGCCGAUGCAAGUCUGAAAGCUUUCGCAGCUGUCGUCUUCCAUGCAUUAUAUGACUCUGGCGUGAGCAAAGAGAUCCUCUGGCCUGCCGACGGCACCAAAGAUAGAGGAACUUUCUUUAGACACCUGGUGAUAUAUGAAGACAGCCCGCUCCAGCUCUUUUAUACCUUCAUCAAUGAGGUGGACUCAUCGAGUGCUACAAAAGGGCAGCCAGCGAAAAGUCUCAGGAGAAAUCUCAAACCACGAGGGUGUUUCCUUGUCCAGUCAAUUGAAAUCAACGGAAGUCCCUUGCUCCGUGGCAUUGUCCUCACAAUAGCUGAUGAAUAUGACCUCGUCUUUAUGAAUCAUCGAGCUAGUACAUCGAGGGUGUGUCUCGAAUACGUCGACGUCCGCGCCCGAGAUAUUUGCCAGCCCGUACGCACGGAAAUAGAUGAUAAUAAGGCAUAUCGUCUGACUUGGGGCCUUUCUCCGUCGAAACUAAUCUUUAAAAAUGGCAGACGGCAGGACAUCAAUGGCCGAGAGCUCAGCAUAGUUUCCAGUGACGAUUCGAAUGAGUUGCAGAAGACCAUCGGGAUGCUCAAAAGAGAUAAUCGGGGCUCUUCGAGGAUAGACCCUAUCCUUCGGAGAUCCUCGUCACUCAUGAUGGAGUUGGAUACGGGUGAAGAAGUCACAAGGAAGUCUUUUGACUUCUCAUACACUGAUUCCCAGACGCAAGCAGGGCCUUCUGAAAGUUCACCAACCAAACAAAAAACUGGAAAUAUUAUGGAUAAAGCUCCAGGCAGUAUUCGGGAAGAACUGCCCAUGAGUGAGAAUCCAGAGCAUCUGAAAGAAGGUGAAUUUAGUCACAGCAGCGCUCUGCAAGAUCACGAACAAGUUCACCAUGUAUGCAACUCGUUCAUGCUCACACCAAACAUGCCACAGGCUGGACUAUUGAAAGACUUGCACGGCCAUCCUCUAGGUCAUAUAGAAGAAAGAGGAAACACAAAGGAGACUGAACUUAAGGGUGGCAUCGAUAUUGCCAUUGACGCUUGUUCAGGGAACAAACUGCACGGCAAACAAUCAUCAAAGAGACCGAGGCAACCCAAUGGUAGAUUUGCACCCAGAGAGCAAACCGAUAGACCACAAACAACGAAAAACCAAUUGACUUUAAAUAAAGCGAAACUUCAACUAUCGAAUACCCAGGAGUCCAUGAUUAUUUACGCACGACAUUCCAAGCGGACGGUGUACACAGCAAAUUCGAAGGCUGCUGUUGACUGGGACGAAGAUCUUCGACCUAGCGAUGAAGAAGACAACUCGGAACAAAAUGAAACAGAAGUUACUUCAAUUUCUUCCCCCUUGGCUGGCGGAACUUGUAUCUUUACUAAGAGUUUCAACGCGCUGGGUAAGACAAGGGUGGCAAAAAGAGGAAGGAGGUUAGCUACAAAGCGCCAAAAUACACAGUUACGUCCUAGAGGAAAGACGAGGAAACAACCCAAGAGAGGAGCAGCACCACCAGCAGAUACAGGAAAGACAGAUGUCGAAAACCUUAAUCAAGAGCUGGAGCACAAUCCACCGGCUGAUGGCACACAGGGAAACCCAGGUGCUGGUACUAGGAAUAACCACCGAGACAAUGACAUGCAUGGUGAAGACGCAUGUUCAGAAAACAGAUGCAAUGAUGCUGAGCUCGAUAGCAACUCUGCUAAGGUCAUUAAAAUGGGCGACUCUCUUCCGUUACAUCCUGACGGCGAUCACAACGAAUCACUCUUAUUACAAGCUACCCAAAGCGAAUACGGCAAUAUUAUGGAACUACACCAGGAACAUACAGAUGAGAUAAACUCAGACGCCCAGAAAUCGUCUACUGCUAAGAUCGUGGUUCAUAUACAAGGGCUUCAUGGCAGGGGCCGUGCUGUUGGGAACAGGCUGACUGCUGCUUUUCAGCAAGGUGAUCCUUCACCAGGCCACUGCGAAUCCCGAAAGAAAAGAUUGGAGUAUCCAGAGAGCCAAAACGAACUGGAUUGCCCGAACGAAUCUGUUCUGUCGGGCAGUAUAUAUUCCCUAGUGAACCAAGGUAGUGUUCACGAAAAUGUGGGGGUUGCAGGUCCCGCUAACAAAGACUAUAUCAUCCUUGAUGGACAUUCGUCCGAAAGAACGCCACAUGGAUCCAUCAUGGACCAACUUGACGAUCUUGAUACAGAAUAUUCGACUCAGAGCCCCAGGAGUGGUGCUUGGAGUAGGAAAAGCGAUUACAAGGAGCAAGAAAAGGAAGUUCAACCAGAUAAUUCCGCUGCAUCGGAUAUUCUGUGCAAGAGUCCACCCGAAGAAGCUUCCUUGCAGUCGUAUAAUGUGAAUUUACGGGAUGAGCAAGAUACUUGCAACUUCGGCCAACCCGGGAGAGGAUCAGAAGUGGGAGAAAAUUCAAGUACGAAAAGUGAGAAGAGAAAGAUAGGUAUACCCAGCCCGGAUCAUAUACGAAUUGGGGCAGACACCGGAAAUCACGACUCGAAAACCCCAGCAGAGCCUAUACUCAAUGUGCGCAAAGAAAACUUUUAUCCGGCAAAGCGUUUCAAACGCACCCCCAGAUCAACUAUCGUUGAUCUCGAUGGAAGCCCGCGCCUUCUGCCGCGUGGUAGAAAUAGAUAUAUGAUCGAUGACAUAAGGUCAGAUGGGAGAUCUCAAGAAACGUCAGACGCAGAAGAGGAGGACCCGCUAGCAAAUCAGCAAAGCGAGGCGACAGACGGUGCAGAUACUGGUGCCGAAGGUGAGCGCGAUCAAACAGCAUCAUGUGAAAGGAACGCGCUUCUGUCCGAAAUGGACGUGCGUCUGUCGCCCCAUGUCACGAAGAAGUCGGAACAUUCCGAGGAUGAGACCCGCAUGAGACAAAUCAAAGCAAAGGGAGCACUGACCUUCCAAGACCGCCUCAUGGCAUACGCAGAUAGACACGUAUCUAGGGGGGUCCAGCCCAAAAAUGCCGCGCAAACAGACAUUGACGCACAUUUCGCAUCUAACAAGGAGAAUAAGCCCAUAGAGACAUGUAACCUGGUACCUCGGCCGAGCCCCUCACGAAUACGAUCACCUGCUCUGUCGAGCUCAAAUCCCAUGAAGUUCAGCACUAGCGCGGACGCCGCUGCCCAGCAAACAACCUGGCAGACGUCCCUGCAGGCGCUUCAUCAAAGAGCACAAGGCAUGCUUGUGGCAACCAGCGAGCAUAUUAGUCGCGAAAUCGAGAGCGAGAAGGACACGAUAAAUGAAGUUUUGGAGAUGUAUCGGCAAGAUUGUCACCGGGUGUUGGAUCGGCUCUUUGAAGCACAAGAAGAACGGAUCAGACUAUGCCAGCAGCAGAUGAACUCCAUCCGCAACCACCAUACUGAGGUAUGCCAGGAACUAGUGCACCGCCUGGAAAGAAACGAGCAACAGCUCCAGGAUAGGAUGCAUUCCCGAAAUGCUAAGGAAACAAAAUGAAGCGUCUCCUAAUAUCUGAAGCUCCGGCUCCGUGGCGUUUCCAGUCCGGUCUCGGAAGCAGACAGUGUUUGCUCCAGGU